AUGUGUGAAUCCGAUUGCGAUAUCGAUGAGGAGGAGCUGCUGCAAGCUGCUCUCCAAGCAGAGGCAGCAGCAUCCGCGCCUGGAUUUCUCGCAGAGGAAGAAGCUGCGAAGCGUGCACGCCUCGCGCACGGCCUUUCAGAGGCCAGCAGUUGGGAGUCAGCGUUGGAGCUCUCAAGCGCUGUGCCGCAACAGCAAGCGGAGCAAGCGGAGCAAGCGCAAGCGGAGCAAGCGCAAGCGGGGGCUCUCCCAAGACCUUCCGGACGCGACUCUUCCGGGAUCUCGGCCGCGGCAGUCGACAUGCUUGCAGCCCGCCUGCACGACCUCGCGCUUGGGGCAGGUGCUGGCAGCAUUUCGGGUCCGGGGAUGAUCAGUGGUGAGCCUUGUCCGAUCGUUCAGGCGCAUGCCAGGUUCAAGCUGAAUUUUGGCGGAGUUGAGGUCCUCUUCCCAUUUGAGCAGCCUCUGGAGCCGCAAAGAGCCGUUAUCAGAAGCGUGUUAGAGGCCUUGGCCCUUGGAAAACAUGCAGUUCUUGAAAGUCCAACUGGCACUGGCAAGACGGCCGCCGUGCUUUGUGCCUGCAUCGCAUGGCAGAGACACCGCAUGAGGAAAACUGGCUCUGCUCCACAGGUGAUGUUUGCCACACGGACACACGCCCAGGUUCGUCAAGCCAUCCGGGAACUAAAACGAACCCCAUACAGACCCAUCAUGGCCGUGCUAGGUUCACGGGAAGCUGGCUUGUGCAUCAAGGAAGAAGUUCUCCAAUCUGCCGAAGAUGAUGGGCAGCUGCGACACGCAUGUCGUCAGGCACGCCGGCAAAAGACUUGCAGCUUCCACGAGGGCUUGGCUUCGCCCGGUGUGCCAGAAAUCAUUCAAGCUCGCCUACGGGGCUCUGAGCCAUGGGACAUUGAGGACAUGGCACAGUUUGGAACCAUGACGAAUUCUUGCCCCUACUAUGUGGCACACUCCGUCGCCAAACACGCCCAACUCGUGUUCUGCCCCUACAGCUACAUUUUGGAUCCAUCUGUUCGCCAAGCUUCUGGGUUAAGUUGUGCAGACCUCAGCGGGCGAAUGAUAAUUUUGGAUGAAGCUCACAACGUCGAAGGUACUUGCCGUGAUGCAGGAUCGGCAGAGAUCACUCUCGACCAGGCAAAGAGUGCCCUGGUAGUCAUUAAGCGCUUGCUCGGCGAUGAUGUUGGCGGGAAUUCACUUUCGGGUGACCAACAUCAGAUCCUUGCCACUCCUGCGACGAAAUCCUCGGAGGAGCUUGGGGGCUUCAUGCUGCCUGCGACUGUUUCAGCUGCCGUCGACACUCCGCGACAGUCUUCCAACGGUCCUGGUCCUUGUGCGCCAGUUGAACGGAAACGCAAAGCUACACUAGCUGCCACUCUGCGACCUGUUUCCUCACUUCUGAGUCGCAUAUGCGACUAUCUGCGUGAUCUGAACCAGCCAGCUACGUAUGCGCCACAUUUUCCUGAGCAUCGUCAAGUGUCCGCUUUCUUGCGCGCGGUCAGGCUCGACUCGGAGCCACUUCUGCGCCCUGACGGUGCCAGUGCAGGCAGAGCUUCCGGCACUUCUGUGCCUCGGGGAGAGGCACUUCUGCGAGAGCUGGCGCAAGGAGGAGCCUUCAGCGCACAACUCGAGCUCGCAGCUUCACUUGUCCACCAGCUUGCGGCGGCCACGCGACGCCCCGACCUCUACGUGGUGCACGCUCGGCCUGAGGGGCAUGGGCCACAUGGUCUGGGUCAGCGGCCGGCCCUGCAAACUUGGCUGAUGAGCGCAGAGGGGACUUUCGGAAACCUGGUCUCGGAGCUACAUGGCAUUUUGCUCAUGUCGGGGACUUUGUCCCCGCUGCCGGCAACGAUUUCAGAGCUUGGCCCCACAUUCAAGUCCCGAGCUCUUCCUGCGCUGGCAGCCGGCCACGUGGUCGGACGCGGUGCAUUGACGGUGGUGACUGUGUCACAUGCAGAAAGUGCUGAAGCCAAACUGGAAUGUACUUUCCAUGCUUGGAAGCGACGGCCAUUUCUGCGUUCUGUCGGCGCUGCCUUGGUUACAGUUUGCCGUGCCAUCCCGGCGGGGAUCCUUGUUUUUCUCCCUUCCUACGACCUCUUAGAGCGAUGCCUCGCGGCUUGGGGCGAGAGCGACGGUGAUGCCCAGAAGGGUCAUGGACGGGGAAUGGGACGGGGCGGGACCAAGGCUCGCAAACGCUCGGGUCCCGUCGAGCGGGUGCAGGUCGUUUCGGCCGCGCGUGGCGAGAGUCUCCUGGAUCAGCUACGACAAGCCAAAGGCACCAUCGUGGUCGAACCACCUCCGUCCCAACAAUCCACCGCCUCCGCGGCUCGAGUCUACGAAGUGGCCAGGCAGAGAUAUGAGACUGCGGUGUCUCAAGGGGGGCAGGCUGUGCUGCUGGCGGUCUACCGAGGAAGGAUGAGCGAAGGGGUCUCAUUCGAUGACGACUUUGCACGUGGGGUGGUCUGCAUCGGCAUCCCAUUCCCAAACCUUACGGAAGAGAGGAUUGCGCAAAAGCGAGCUUUUAACGAUUUCUCGGUGUCAAGGUCCACUGGUGCAGUUUCUGGAGAUGCGUGGUACGAAUCCAAGGCACUUCAUGCCGUUGCACAGGCCCUGGGACGAUGCAUUCGUCAUCCGCUGGAUUUUGGUGCCCUUGUGCUGUUGGACAGUCGUUGGGCCGAGUUGGGGAAAGCCAGCCUUCUCCCACAGUGGCUGCAUCCGUUCAUGGUGGACAAAGUGGAUGCAAACGCGGCUGCCCAUUGGCUGCAGGAGCACUUUUCCCAUCUGAGUUGCAAUCCUGCCGGCCCAGCACGAUUUGCGACGGAGGCAGAAGCUUCGAUGCCGUCGCCGGUCAAAAGAGAGGCCAAAUGCGAGCCGAAGGACGAGGCAAAAUUCGAGGCGAAAGACGAAGCAAAAUUCGAAGCGAAAGACGAGGCGAAGGACGAAGUCAAGGACGAGGGCGAAGAUGAAACACAAGUAAUGGCGGAUGGCUGCACGCAUGUUGCAGAGCUGAACUGGCUGGAAAGUCCCGCUCCGUCCAAGGCCUCCGCGGGAGAUCUUCCGAAAACUGGAGCCUUCAAACUUCGUCUUGGCAGCUUUGCAAAACCUCCCUGUCUUGACUUGGACAGUGAUGAAUGA